AGUGCUUCAUCUACGUUGCUAAGCCCAUGAGCUGGGCUCAGGCUGAGAUAAACUGUCAGUCCAUGAAUGCAAACCUUGCAUCUGUGCACAGCCUUGAGGAGUACCAGCUGAUUCAGAGGCUGAUAUCUGAUGCCACUCAGCAGGAUGGAAAUGCUUGGAUUGGAGCUUCGGAUGCAAUAAAGGAAAAGUUUUGGUUUUGGAGUGACGGGACACCUCUCAAAUACACAAACUGGUGUGCUGGACAGCCUGAUAAUUAUGAGGGCAAUCAGAACUGUGCAUAUGUAAAUUUCUCAGACAAAAAGUGCUGGGAUGACGGUGGCUGUGAAUAUGUUAUUCCAUCUGUCUGCGCCAAGAAAAUCUGAUGAAAGCAC